AUGAAUCAGCAAUAUUCUACAACAUGCAAUGAUGAACUCAAGAAAACGAUAAAAAAUGGCGCCGCAUUUAAUGCAACGGAUAUGACUAUGCACGACAGUUCUUCACCAGAUGUAUAUGUUCACAGCUCAAGUUCUGGUGAAUUAAAAAAUAUAAGUCCUGAAAUAUAUUCCAAAAAAGGUAAGGGCCAUCAAAAGAAUUACCUGAAGGAGAGAGAAGAGAUGGAAAUGCGGUUGAUUCAUCAACCAUCGGAAGAAGGCUUUCAUCAGGUUGUGAAAUUUACAAAACGUGCAACACGAAGAGGAGAAAAAGGGCUUCCAAAAGUAAAAUCAUUUGCUUUUACUGAAUUUAGUGAAGAAGAAAAAUCCUCAUCAAAAAGGGAAAAUAUUAGUUCUAUAACAAUUAACAGGAAUUCAAUAAGUCAUGAAUUAGAUAAUUGCAUCACUUUCAUAGAACAAAAUUUAGAUGCAGGUGUUCGGCUUCAAUCUGAAUAUUGUAAGCCAGAUGAUAAAACUUAUCUCAAGUCUGCUACCGCUAACACUGAUAGUUACUUCUUGAAUUGUGACACCACAGAACUGCAGCAUUUGAGCUGUGAAUCAGUUUGUGCCGAAUCGGAAAUGCUUAAUGAAACAAUGAUAGAAGCUGAUAACUUAUCGCAGCAAAUACACGAAAAAUAUGAUCAGCAAGAAUGUGACAGAGCACAAAUUUGUCUUGAGAAUUGUGGCUCACAAAUAGAUGAAGAAUCGAAAAUCUCUACAACUCUGCGGAAAACGAUAGCUAAUAAACCAGCUCAGACCCAAGUGAUAUUAAAAAAGAAACGAUGCCAUGAAUGCUUUGCUGAUGCUGUUUUUAAUGCUGCUGACAGCACAGUUCAACAGCAACAGGAAUCGCCCAACAAGAACAGAACUUUUAUUAUUAGCGACCCACAACACUGUUCGGUCUCCGCGACACUUUCUUUGGGCAGACCCAAAAAACUGUUCAUCAGCAAGGGAAGUAGAGCAGCAGCGACAUUUCAAGCAGCAACCACAAUUACAGCACAACGGCAGAAUUUGAAUAAUUCUAAAGAAAUCUCAACAUCUCAUAGCAGAAUAGAUCAAAAGCCACCAUUGGCAAACUUCGAAACAAGGGCAACUUCACCAUCUUCAAAUGAACAUACUCGAGACUCUGUCAACAGUAACAAUGACAGUAUUUCUUUACUGCUUCAGCAAAAUUACCCCAAAACUGUUCCGUCUGAUCCGAUACCAGUAGAUAGUGCUGAAACAGCUUCUGUACCAAAAUGUUCAGAUACUGUAACACCGGAAAUUACCAUCGACAUUCCGCAUCCUGACUCGUCGCAAUCAACGCUAAAUUCACGUGGAUCUGGUGGUUAUCGUGGUGAUUGUUCCUCAGUUAACAGCUUGCAUUCAACAGAACAUAAAGAUGGAAUGAAUCGAAGACAAAAUAACAUUAACGAAUUCCGAGAAUCUCUUAGCAGUAGGCUUAGUCGUGGAUUUCUUGAAUUCACUCAAGGUAGCAGUGAUAGAUUGCAGAAAUGGAAAAAUAAAUUACAAAACGGUCGGCGGCACAAAGAUUCUAGUGAACCACCACCUGCUAACAGGAAAAUGCCAACAACGAAUCAAGAGCAAAAUGGGCAUUUGUCGGAUGUCGAAGUGGUACUUGAUUGGGCAGCACUCAAAUGUGAUUCCACUGAUCAGAUACAUAAUGCCAAAUUUUCACCAAAAAGAUCAGUUUUUGCACAGAAAGAAGACCGAUCAAAUUUGCCGACGCGAUCAACCAGUGAUUUCUUCUUGACAAGCGAGAGUACUACCAGCCGUACAACAUUAAAUGGAUCAGGAACGAUAAUGGAUCAGCAGAAUUUGAAACAACGUGACAAUAAAGGUCCUCGAACAGUCAAAAAUCUUGCUGCACAUUUUCAAAAUUUAAAAAAUAUUCGAACAACAACUGCUCAAACUGUUGAAAAUUGCGAUAAUCUAAGCAACAAUUUGCCACCGCCAGUUCGAAUUACUCCAUAUUCAGGUGUUAAACCAAAGGAUAUGGACAUUAUUAGACCAGUAGCAUUCCGACCAUACGCUUCACGCAAGUCGGACAAACGGCAAACAGUUAUCUCGUCAUCAUUUUCUUUUUAUAAUAGCGACAAAAAGAGUGAUUAUCUAACAAAACGAUUAUCAAACAAUGAUGAAUUGAAACGGUCUUCACAGCAUUCAAAAGACACUGUGUCAAAUUCUUCCGCACCAUCUUCAGGAUAUGGUAGCACCAGACCGAGAGCCAUCUAUCAACCGUCCACUAGCUUCCAAAUGACAUCCGCAAUGAUUACGCAAAGAAGGUCUAACAAAAUUGAGGCUGAGGAAAAUGAUUAUGAUGUUGUGCCAGAAUACAUUGAACGCGACAAAUUCUACAUUAAUGUAGAUUCGUCAAUCGGUGAGAACUAUUCAGUUGUACAUUCGAUGCCAUACUCACUGUCCGAGAAACUUCCUGCUGCAUCAGCGACAUCAAACAGUAAUACCACUAUUAGCCAUGAUAAAAUACAGCAACAUGCAGCAGUCAGCGUAACGGCUGGGAUUUCAUCACUGAAUCUCGUCAAGAAGUCUCCAUCUUCACACCAAGUUUACGGUUCGAAUACUUCUUCUGGUAGUCGUCAUAGCUCAGGAAUACACGUUACACCUUCACCAAGUGAUUCCGGUAUUGUCGAUUACGAGACAAUCAUUCGAGAUAAGGAGAAUGAACUGACAAACGUACGAGCGACAAUGGAACAGAACGAAGAGGUUGUAGUGAAGGUUUAUUUAGAAAAGGAGCGACUUUGGAAAGAGCAACUUGCUGACCUUAAGCAAAAGUUGCAGGCUAGCCAACAAGGAGAAAACGCAUUACGGCAGCAAAUUCAACGAUGUAACGAAGAACGAGAACAAUUCAGGAGUACUAUACAGAAUCUUACCAGUGAUAAGCAGGGAUUACAACGCAAAUGUUUGCAACUUGAACGUGAAUUUUUCCAACUACGUGAGUGUUUCGAUGAGCUCAUUCGAAAUCGCGAUGAAACUGUUUGCGGUCCAUGUCGCAAGCGUAUCACAUGUUACAUUACUGCAGCAAAUACUAACAACAGUAUUGCUGACAAGCGUGUUAGACCUCCACUGCCAGCACCGCGGUAUUCCAAGGAAUCGUCGUCAGAACGUGAAUUACGCAAUGAAGUCGAUGAACUAAGAGGUGAAGUGUCAACUUUGCGUGAUACACUCAAUGAACAAAUUGGUCUUUUUGCUGACGAAAGGAAACGCUGGGAAGAAGAACGUAUUAAGAUUUUGAAAUCCAGCAACUCGCCUUCGGAUCGACUGGGUCUCUUGUCGAUGAAUGACUCUUCAUCUGUGGAAAUGACUUCUCAACUAUCUAGGGAUCUAAAAAUUCUUACCGAUGGUAAAUCAUAUAUUGUUAGCCAUGAUCGCCUAAUCUGA